ACGGAGUUGUUUUCAAAACAGGGCUGAGGGCGGCACUGCGGUGUUUCGGAGCGGCGUCGAUACCCGAGCGGUCCGUCUCCAGACUCAUCGGACUUCUCCCAUUUCACACUCGUUUUCCUCGACGACGACUCCUCACCUUUCCUGAUUUCUUCUUAUUUUUUUUUUUUCCCCAUACACACCUCCGGGGGCUCACACAGAAAUCUAAUCGCCAAAUGACAGCCUCUCUCGCCCGCUGGGAGGACAGCUGGGGCAUCAGGGAUGCGGCGCAGGCUCUGCAAGUUCGUUUCAUCCCUGCCAGCCAAGGAGCAGCGGCGUCCCGCUGAGAGUGGAAAUGCUGUGCAGCCGCAGGGAGCCCUGGCCCUGGAGCUCCACUGGUCAAGCUGAGGAGGCCUGAGCGGUCUCCACCUCCGGAUUAGCUGGUGGCAGAAGGCGAGUGUGCGUGACAAGAUAAACAAACACAGAGACUGUCCUGCCUGUGCUGCAGAUAAGCAUAAGCCGUGAGUCUACCUUGACUUUGGUUGUCAUAUUUGCCUUUUUUUGGCCCUCUUCAGGUACCACAGACUCUACUUGUGGGAAUAGAUGUACCCAUUAAUAAUAAAUGUAGUGGGCAGCACCACCUGAACAGUAAAUGUAGGCUUGAAUCUGGGCUGGGUUUAUUUUUCUAUCCCCUAAAGAAAAGUGGGUUUAACUGAAAAGAAUGGCUGACCACGAAGAAGCGGAGUUGUCCGAGUCCCUUCAGAAGGAGGACGGGUUUUCUAGUGAGCUGGAGGAACCAGGUACGAACUUCAAAUCUAAAAGUAUGCCCGUUUUAAACGAAGCGGCGCCUCAAAAGGAAACCUUACUGGCUAGUUCUGCGCGGAUGUCCAUAACGGCGGAAGAGAGCGCAGAAUUCAUCCAGCUCCCGGCCAAAACUGAGUCCUUUGAGCCAGAGUCCACAACGAGAACCAACUACCUGCCUAAGCCAGGGAAGUCGGCGCUGAACAGGCCGAGCUCGUACAUGGAGAACACGGAGAUCCGUAGGAGUAAAAACAUGGCGAGGAGGAGGCCCCCGGGGUUUUUUGCUUCCAGACUGGCGCAGAUUCGUCUGCCCAGUAGGAAGUACCUGGGCAUUAUCUUACAGGACUCUCGCUGCUUCCUGUUCUGCAUGUGCUACCUGACGUUCAUCCAGUCGCUCAUGGUGUCGGGCUACCUCAGCAGCGUCAUCACCACCAUAGAGAAGAGGUACAGCCUGAGGAGCUCCGAGUCAGGCCUCCUCGUCAGCUGUUUCGACAUCGGGAGCCUCCUGGUGGUCGUCUUCAUCAGCUACUUUGGUGGGCGGGGCCAGAGGCCUCGCUGGCUGGCGGUAGGCGGGGUUUUCAUCGCUGUGGGCGCCGCCCUCUUCUCCUUACCUCACUUCAUCUCCCCGGCUUACCAGAUCCAAGAGGUCAACUCGUCCUCCGCCAACGAGGGCCUAUGCAUGAACAGCAACACCAGCGGCAGGGACCGCGUCGACAUCACUUCCUGUCCCAGAGACCAGGAGGGCAACGAGCACAACCUGUAUGUGGCGCUGUUCGUCAUCGCUCAGAUCCUGGUGGGCAUGGGAUCCACGCCCAUCUACACGCUGGGACCCACCUACCUGGACGACAACGUCAAGAAGGAGAACGCCUCACUGUAUCUAGCCAUCAUGUAUGUGAUGGGCGCACUGGGCCCAGCAGCGGGUUACCUGCUGGGAGGAGUCCUCAUCGGCUUUUAUGUGGACCCCAAGACUGUUGUCAAUAUUGACCAGAGCGACCCCCGCUUCAUCGGCAACUGGUGGAGCGGGUUCUUGCUGUGUGCUGUGGCCAUGCUGCUGGUCAUCUUCCCCAUGUUCACCUUCCCCAAGAAGCUGCCGCCCCGACACAAGAAGAAGAAGAGGAGGAAAAAGCUGAGCCUGGACGACCUGUCCAGCGAUGAUGACGUCCUCAAGGAGAAGAGCAACAACAAGAGCCAGACGGUCACCUCAUCCAUGGGCUUCGGCAAGGACAUUAAAGACCUGCCCAAAGCAGCGGUGAGGAUCCUCAGCAAUGUGACCUUCUUGUUCGUCAGCCUGUCCUACACAGCGGAAAGCGCCAUCGUCACUGCUUUCAUCACCUUCAUCCCCAAAUUCAUCGAGUCUCAGUUUGGCAUCCCGGCCUCCAAUGCCAGCAUCUACACCGGUGUGAUUAUCGUGCCCAGUGCCGGCGUUGGCAUUGUCCUGGGCGGCUACAUCAUCAAGAAGUUGAAGCUGGGAGCUCGCGAGUCAGCCAAGCUGGCCAUGAUCUGCAGCGGAGUCUCCCUGCUCUGCUUCUCCACGUUGUUCAUCGUGGGCUGUGAGAGCAUCAAUCUCGGAGGAAUCAACAUCCCCUACACCACCGGACCGACUCUCACCAUGACCCAGAGGAACCUGACUGGAGGCUGUAAUGUGAACUGCGGCUGUAAAAUCCACGAGUACGCUCCGGUCUGCGGCUCUGACGGCAUCACGUACUUCAACCCCUGCCUGGCUGGCUGCAGCAGCGUGGCCAACGAUAGCACCGGGAUUCGUAACUACUCAGACUGCGCCUGCGUCCAGAGUCGGCAGGUCAUCACGCCAUCGUCCAGCGGCCAGGGCAGCAACCAGCUGCAGCUUGUCAUCGUCAAAACCUACCUGAACGAGAACGGCUACGCUGUGUCAGGGAAGUGCGACCGCACCUGCAGCACCCUCAUCCCCUUCCUCAUCUUCCUCUUCAUCGUCACGCUCAUCACUGCCUGCGCCCAGCCCUCCGCCAUCAUCGUCACCCUAAGGUCUGUAGCGGAGCAGGAGAGGCCGUUUGCUCUGGGAAUGCAGUUUGUUCUCCUCAGGACUCUCGCCUACAUCCCAACACCCAUUUACUUCGGCGCCGUCAUUGACACCACCUGCAUGUUGUGGCAGCAGGACUGCGGUGUCCACGGCUCCUGCUGGGAGUACGACGUCACCUCCCUGCGUUUUGUCUACUUCGGCCUUGCCGCCAGCCUCAAGUUCCUCGGCUUCUUCUUCAUCUUCCUCACCUGGUACUCCAUCAAGUACAAGGAGGAGCGGGUGGAGCGCUGGCUCAAGCGCCACCUGUCGCCCGUUGACACUGUGGGCAGCCUUGUCUGCCACCCGGGCGGCCACAAGGGCCACGCCCGCACCCGCUCCUGCCCCGUCAACAUUCCACGAAGCGACCCUAACACUCUGCCCGCUAACGCUCCGCCACGCGCCGGCGCCCUCAACCGUGGCGUCAGCACCCAGAGUUGCCCUGGCAAUGAGCUAAAAGCAAUAACUCCUCCCCCUCCGGCUGCGCCAUCACCUGCAGCGGCACCCGCCCCCACGCCGGCCCAAUCGCUGGAGCACGUUUCUGUCCGAGUCUGAGUUUCAGAAGGGGGAUGGGCGAUGAGCCAGGUCCCACUGACAUCUCUUUUAUUCUGAAAUCUAGUCAGCUGGAUUUUAGCCGCUGUCAAAGGCACCAGUCAUCACGUGGAGCUCUGCUGUCAUCUCAAAACUCUUGUUGGCUGGUAAAACAAGUGGCUUUUCAGUUUUGUCUGCACCAAUGGCCUCCGCGGGUCAAAAACCAUCAAGUGGAGGUCCUGAUUUGUUCAGAGCCUCCAGAUCAGUGGUCGAAUGAUGAAAAGUUGAAGUAAUUUGGGGACCAACCAGCCUGGAGACCCAUCUCUGACACGAAAAAUCUGCUUGGUCGGUGAAAACGUUGAAAGCAGCCAGGUGUUUUCUUUGUUUUCCACCAGCCCGGUGCAGCAAGCGGACAAAGGCUUGCCUCCCCCCGCUCUGGAGAGAGGAGAGUUCAUCGCUCAUAACCCCCCACCCACAACCACCAUCAUCACCCCCUCCCCCGGCAAUAUGUGCCUUCUGUCACCACGGGCCCUCACAUGUAUAGUACAUGUACAAACACACCCACACUGGACGUGUCUCAGAUUGUCACCCUGUAGGAAUAAGAGUCACCUGAACAGAUACCUCAGCUUCACCAACCCUCCCGCUUCUCAGUCACCUCACGUCUGUAUGCUGCCGCUGCUGCUGCUUCUUCUUCUUCUUCUUCUUCCACACUUGUGUUUUUUAUUUUUUCACCCCCCGUGUGAGCGACGUUUUGUUUUCCGGACACUGCAUAUCAGCGCUCUCACGGAACAAAAAAAAAAA